CGAGUGCAUUUCCUUGCAUCUUUAUCCAGCAUGCUUUGGUAUCCUUCUAUAAUUUUUAUGCUUCUGGCACAAUAUGUCUCAGCCCAGGAGACGCCCUACGGGUCAUCCGACUUUCUACGGUUUGGGUGUUCGCAGCUUGUGGUUGAGCGUACUGAUCCACUCGUCACCCCUGGGCUCAACCCAUCACCGCAUAUGCACCAAGCAAGUCUACUUAUUGUAGGAGGAAACAGUUUCAAUGUCACAAUGGAUCCUUCUUCCUUUGAUCCAGCCGCGCAGUCGACCUGCACUUCGUGCAUUUACAAAGAGGACAGAUCAAAUUAUUGGACUGCCUCCGUUUACUUCAAGUCGCCAGAAAAUGGUACAUAUCGUAAAGUACCACAAAUGGCAAAUGGCCGUCGAAACGGAACUCUCCUUGAGCAGGAUGGCGGUCUCACCAUAUACUACAUGCGUCCAUUUAGUGGUACGAACAAGAACACCACUGCGAUGAUACCUGGCUUCCGCAUGUUGGCUGGCGAUCCCACCAACCGCAGCAAAGAGGGUACUUACCCAGGCAUCUGUCAUCGUUGUCUGCAGGUUGACGAGCGUAUCAUGGGCGGAGCCGGUGCACCCUGUUCAGGUAACGACACUGCCAGUUUUCCGUCUACGCCAUGUCCAGGGGGGAUCCGUGCUACUGUGAUCUUUCCUUCGUGCUGGGAUGGCGUUACUCUUGACUCGCCAGACCAUAGAUCGCAUGUUGCUUAUGCGCCAGGCUUUAAUGGUCUUGCGGGCGACUUUUGUCCAAGCAGUCAUCCAGUUCGGAUCCCACAGGUCAUGUACGAGAUCAUGUUCGACACGUCUGGGUUUGCAGAUCCUAAAUAUUACCAAGAUGGUAAACAGCCAUUAGUGUAUAGCUUUGGAGAUGCGACUGGGUAUGGUGCGCAUGGCGACUACAUGUUUGGUUGGGAGGGGGAUGCGUUGCAGAGGGGGAUGAAUGCUCUUGGUAACCAGUGUGGGAGCGAGGACUGCACCUCUACAUUCACAAUUCAGGAUGGCAGAGAUGCGAUUGCAUGUACAAAGGCACAACAGGCUGUCGAAGAUACUGGGACAGAUGCAUGGCUUGAUGAGCUCCCUGGUGGAGUACAGAUUACAGAAUAGUGCGUGGCGGUGGGGUGGCAGCGAGUGGGGCCGAUAUGCG